AUGCCCGAACCAUCGUCCUUGGAGCACGUCUAUGGUUUAAAUAAAUGGUCUGAUGCUGGUUAUUCAACAAUUGACACGCUCUAUCUACGACCAGUUCGAUGGUUUCAUCGAAAUAUUGUCGAACGAUUACGUGGUUCAUCAUAUCCAUAUUAUCAUCGUAAAUUUGGUCCUGUAAAAACAAUAGAUCAAUGUGAAGUUCAAGAUCAGACAUGUUUUUAUGAAUCUGAAAUGACUUAUUUACGUGAAAAAAGGAUUGAUACAAUGGUCGUAGAAAUACUUCAUGACCGUUUGACACGUUGUAUUGCUUAUGAAGGUCGCAUUGAUGCAUUAGAUAAAUGUGCCAAAGAGAAAGAUGCUCUAUUUGAGUCACAUGCCAAUUGGUAUCAAAAAUAUGGUGAAAUGGGUGUACCACAUAGUUGUGUUGAUGCUUAUAUGAAACAAAAACAUCUCAUGAUAUGGAUGCGCCGACAUCCUGAGGUUGAUCUUAAAGGCUGGGCAAUUGAACGUGACUAUGAACAGAAAACAAAAGAUUACAUCAAGAGUAUUCCUAUGCCUAUGGAAAUUCGAUAA